ACUAAAAACAGGCAGCAGAAUAAUUUCCCAAUUGCUAAAUCAAGCUCCCUGCAAAAAUGGGUAAGAGACGCCAUUAUUUCUCUCGUUGGUUACAACUUACAACCAUCCAUCAGCCAUGCUGCAGCAUGUUACCUUUUCAUUUCUGGACGAUGCUUCCUUACAAACAUGCUCCUAUUUUUGUACAACGGUAACAAUUGCAGAGUCGAACAAGAUAGAAUGAAUAUUAUUACCAUGCAACAAGUUUACAGGAAAAGAAUAGAACCCAUUAAAGAGGAGAAUGGAAGCGUAAGGAUCAAUGUAUUGGAAACAUAUGGCUUUCAGGGCAGGGGAUUGGGAGUUUGGAGGUGGCCGCUGUAAAUGAGGUUGGAAAAUCGGAGAAAUUAACUCAAGAGGGGAUAUUUGUGAAUCUAAUAUGAUACAGAUUACAGACUUCAACCGUGGUCGAAUCAAAUCGACGAGAUUAACGAGUCGUUUAGCUUCAUCGACUCGUUGUUCAAAUAUGCGAUUUAACUGAGAAUUAGAGUGCAAUAGUAAAGUUAUGAAAUUUCUAGCAUUCUCUCUCAGGCAUUACAUAUUGUGACCGUUUCAUUUGCUCUCUCUUUUUUGCAAUCUGUAAACCCAAAAGCUGUGCGCUACACGGCAUUCCAAAUCUGGGCAGAGCUACUCUCUCUCCCCAUAUUAAUGUCACGCUAAUCUCCUCACUUCCCCUUAAUUCAAAAACUGACCAAAAACGAAGAACCAUUUUGCUCCUUUCUGUCUCUCUCUCCUGCCAUUUCUUUGACAGCUAGAAGCGUCAAAAUUAGGAUAUUAUGAAGCCAGAGACAAAAAGAUGAAAUGAAAGAGACACGAACGAAAACAAAACCAUAGCCAAUACGUCCCUUUUAUUCACAGAGUGAGUGAAGUUCCCAUGCUGAUUCGUUUCUUGAGAGCCCUGUAGUCUCUGAGUGAAGUUGAUCAUGUCCGAUAUUCAGCUGAUUUUUUGUACCAUAAUUUGAGAUUCUAAGAAGAACCCAUUGUGGGUUUUGGAUCAAAGAUCAAUGGGUUUUAUUUCGGUUUUGGUUUGCAUCAUCGUCGUCUCCUUCUCUUUUUCACCUUCUUACGGUUUUGAUCCAAUGGAUCCUCAGGCCAACAUAACAAUCAAAUGGGAUCUCCUGCUAUCAACGGGUAGCUCUGAUACGGUGAAAGUAACAAUACUAAACUUCCAAAAGUACAGACACAUAGAAGCACCAGGGUGGAAGUUAGGGUGGGACUGGAAGGGCAAGGAGGCCAUAAGUGCCAUAUUUGGAGCUGAAGCAACACAGCAAGGUGACUGCUCCAGAUUCAAGGGUCAAGAACUCCCACAUUGUUGCGAUAAGCACCCGGUCAUCAUCGAUCUCUUGCCCGGAGCUCCGUACAAUACACAGUUCCAGAACUGCUGCAAAGGAGGAGUCCUGUCGUCCAUGACACAGGACACUUCAAAGUAUGGAGCAUCUUUCCAGAUUUCCACUAUAGGGAGCACUGCUUCCAACUACUCCGAUUUCGUAAUGGCCGAGAAUUUCACCCUUGGAUUGCCUGGCUACACUUGUGGGCAGCCUUUCGAGGUCCGGCCCACCAGGAUCCCUGUCGAUGGUGGCCGCAGAUGGACUCAAGUUCUCAGGACAUGGAAUGCGGUGUGUGGUUACUCCUCGUUCUUAUCAUCACCAUCUCCGAAAUGUUGUGUUUCGUUGUCAGCUUUCUAUGAUAGCAGAAUUGUUGAUUGCCCUCAAUGCAGCUGUGCUUGCCAAGGACAGCCAGGCUCCAAAUGCGUCCAGAUGAAGGAGACACCACCUCUGCUGCAGCAAAAGCGCGAUCCAAACGAGGAGCCACCUCCAUUGGUGAGAUGCUCAGACCACAUGUGCCCCAUACAGAUUCAUUGGCAUGUAAAGGAGAGUUACAGACAGUAUUGGAGAGUGAAGAUGACCAUCAGAAACUGGAACAUCAUCAAGAACUACUCCCAGUGGAACAUGGUUGUCUUGCACCCUAACUUGAAGAACAUAACUACGGUUUUCAGCUUCAGCUAUGCGUCACUCAAUGACUUUCGCACCACAAACGAUAGCGGGAUGUUUUGGGGGAUCAAGUACUACAACGACAUGCUUCUACAACAAGGGAAUAGUGGGAAUGUUCAAAGCGAGAUGCUGCUGGCAAAAGAGCCAGGGUUUAGUUUCGGUGGAGGAUGGGCUUUCCCAAGAAGGAUUAUGUUUAACGGAGAUGAAUGUGUAAUGCCACAGCCAGAUGAUUAUCCCAGGCUCCCUAAUGCUUCUCCUCUUCCCUCUGUUGUUUGUCUUCUCCACUUUUCUCUUCCUUUUGUUCUUCUGCUAGUUCUUUUGGCUGACUCGGCUGGAAGUCACUGAUUUCCUUGUGUAAUGGAGGCUGGAAUGGAACCUAUGCUCAUCAGCUGCUUAGUUAUCUCCUUGCCUAAUGCCUUUCUUUAGAGGGGAAAUUUGAAUGAACCUUCAAUUCAAGCUAAUGCUCAGGCCAGCUGCAUAUUAACAAACUCUAAUCCAACCCAAGAACUGCUCCGGAAACCCUAGAACCUCAGUAGGAGUAGUAGUAGCAGCAGCAGCAAACAAGAACUCCCCGUUCAGCAUUCCCACCUAAAUUGCACGAGAGGAGACGAUCUUUCUAUGCUACCUUCACCUUGUGCCAUCUCCUCAUGAGUAUGUUUUCACCAAUGUUUCCCCAGUAAUGGUGAUUUAGACUGAUUACUAUAGACAACUAUUUGAAGUCUCCUGAAAAGAAUACGUGAAGUGAUCUCAUAUAUGUAACGGGCUGAAAGUUUCCUCUUGGCUCAAAACUGCAUCAACGUCCAUUCAUAUCCUACCACGAAGCAGUCGAACCAUUCUUCAGAUUCCCAGCUAUGCCAAUCACCUUCCUAUGCUCCGUUCUAGGCAUGCCUAGUUCUGAAACUGGGUACAAAGUUAGAGAUAACCAAACAAUUAUAAGCAGGAAACCAUCAUAAACAUCCAUAUCUCAUGCACUUUAAUAGUAAAACCAUAUUAAUCCACUUCUAAACACAGGCUGAAGUCAUACAGAGCCAAAGAGAACUAAACAACAACUUAUUUACGAUUCCUGCUAGUUAAGAGGAAGAAGCAGGCCAUAAAUCUCAACGAAGCUCUUCUUUCCGGGACAAAACAUAUCUCUAGACAUAGAAACAGAGUUUACAAAAAAACAUAUUCCAUCUCUAAAACACUGCUUCUUCAACUACAUUGGACUUCCUUCCAUUCUUCCACAGCAUAUAUUGUGGACUCACUGGAAAUAUGAUAAGAUAGAUAUACUCUAAAUCAGAAUCCUGAGAAGCCAAACAAGUUCUUCCCUCGAAUUACAGCUACUUACUCUUUUCUUUUUUCUUAAAAUACAAACGAGGACCACAUACAACAUGGUCACCUCUUCUUUCUUUCCCGUCGCCACCUCCGGUGAGUCAUUGGCCUCAGAAAAAUACAAUGUCCGGAGCAAUGACCACCAGGUGCACAUGAUGAAGCAUCAUAAACAGUUAGUUUUCUUUCUUAGCUACUAGAGAAACGCGAGAAAAAGGCAGACAAUUGCAAAAUGAGCAAAUCACGGUCAUUGAUGGUGAAGGAAGGCUUAUGAUCCCCGUCACUCUCUUCUAGAGCAAGAUAGCAGCAGCAACCCAUCAUUUCAUUUCACUACUACAAAUAGUACAUCUAAAUGCGGACUGGACCAGUCAUUGAAUCCCUUCCAGAACCAGUGUCCUUGUGUUUCAAGGACAGGUUUCCGAAUUGGGAUUCAAGGUCCCUGCUGUUAGUGCGGCGAUGGUGAGUAGAAGAUGGCUGUCGCUGUUGAAUCGGUGGUGGCAUUUGCUGUUGUUGAUACAAAGCCCGAAGCCUUCCAAUCUCCCUCUCCAAAACUUCUUGCUCCACUGAAAACAACUCUUCCAUGUUAAGGAGCAAACAAACAGAUAGAUCCAACUUUGAAACAGAUGAAGAAAUCAUAUACAUAUAUGGCAUAUUGGUUUGUAAACUAUACACUCAGCUUUUUAGGGAAUACUUGCUAUAACACUAUCAAUCACCAUAUUGGUCUCAAAACAAUUCAAAUCUUCAAUUACGUUAUGAAGAACAAGACAAUGUAUUACUUGCAUAUUAAGCAUUUCAAAAAUGUUCCAGUUACUCUAUAGCUUCAUCUAAAGCACCAUUUUGUGGACAAAAUUAUGAAUAAACAUGAGUAAAUUAU